UUAUCUCUCUCGAAAAUCACUUUGCUGGUUGAAAUGCGAGUUAGACGCUACCAUUACCGGCCAAUUUAGCUUUUGCCCGCACCAAUCUGAGGUUUUUCUUACGAGGGAGUAAAAUAUAGUUGAAGCUUUUUUCCUGGCUGGUUAAUUAAUGGCUUAAAGUUACUAUAGUAACGAAGGGACGGUCAUCUUUGCAUUCGAAAAUCAACGUGGAUGAGGCGUCGUGUUGUCACAUAAGUCAUACUGGUGAACCUGUGAGGGAAAUGUUAGCGAGCAAUGGGUCUGCCAAAUGAGUGAGCGCUACAGGCGCUAAAUAAUCAUAUCGCCUGGAGAUGGGCAAGAAAAAUAGCAAGUUACAACCAGAACUAGUCCAAGAGCUGGUUCACAAAACGUAUUUUACAGAGAAAGAAUUGCAUCAAUGGUAUAAGGGAUUCUUGAAGGACUGCCCUUCUGGCUGUCUAAACGAACAGGAAUUUCAGAAAAUUUAUAAACAGUUUUUCCCGUAUGGCGAUUCGACGAAAUUCGCUUCUUUCGUCUUUAAUGUCUUUGAUGAAAAUAAGGAUGGUCAUAUUGAGUUUCGUGAAUUUAUCUGCGCGCUGUCCGUGACGUCCAGAGGAAGUAUUGACGAAAAGCUACAAUGGGCGUUUAAGUUAUACGAUCUGGACGGCGAUGGCUGUAUCACUAAACAAGAAAUGCUUCACAUAGUGGAUUCUAUUUAUAAAAUGGUGGCAAGCCUUGUCAAGCUUCCUGACGAUGAGGAUACGCCGGAGAAGAGGGUGAAUCGCAUCUUUGCGCAGAUGGACACGAAUAAUGACGGCAAGCUGUCUAUGGAGGAGUUCCGGGAAGGAUCUAAAGCGGACCCAUCAAUCAUUCAAGCGCUUUCACUCUACGACGGGCUGGUCUGACUGCAGAAUUUAAGACAGCUACUGAGUAAUUUUAAGGGAUAUAAGAGGAUUAGAUGGAAAUGUUAUGAUUUUAUUUCCUUUAACCACGAUUUUCAAUAUUUCAAAAUCUCGUCAACAUUUUCCAAUUGCUAAGGCGCUUUUUGGCUUCUGCCUUUAAACCAGAGAAGUGUAAGGACUUCCCUGUUUAAACUAACGGAAUAAAAUCUGGUGCUCUUUGAUUGGUCAACGCCUUUCAGAGAAUGAGCUUGAUUGGGUAAACCAUUUAAGUGGUAGCCACUGAAUUCGCUUCAAGGAUUUUAAAUGACGGAAGCCAGAAGCGAUUAAGCUUUUGGAACUCGUCGAUUAGAGCUCGCAUGAUAUUGAAAACAGCUGUAAUAUUGCGAUUUAGGUGAUUUGUAUGUACUGCAUUUGGAAACAGCCGUAUUCUAGACUACCUAGACAGGGCAUGAGGACUCUUUCCGAACAGAGUGUUUCAAUCAAAUGGCUAGGUACUUAUUUUAAGAGCCCUGAAACGCACCAAAAAUAAGCAUGGGAUGAGCGUUUUAUUAUUCUAAGAUAAUGGACCGGUCAUUUGUGAUAUCUGACGGUAACUGGUUGUUUCCCUGUUUUUUUUUUUUUUUUUUUUUUUUUGCGGCCCAUUUCUUUUACUUGGAGUUGGUGGUGCUUUUUGUCGAUGCUUACUUGUUCGAUUUUAUUUCUGCCUUCGGCUUUCUGUGGCGAAUAAAUCUCGUUACCGACUUGCCAGAUAUCUAAUAGCCGUACCCUAUAUGGUUAAGUCUAUACCUUGUACAUAUUUUAGCAUAUGCAAAUUCUUGUUCGAUUCAUAGGGAGACUAAGAUUAAAGAGCUAUUGUCAGCCA